AACGAAGUGGACCCAACGCCCCCCAAAGCCUCAAUCAGCCCUACCACAGCACACCAUCCCACACCACACAAUCACAUGAACCCAACCCAACCCAUCGCCCCAAACCCGAAGUCAAGAUACCCCCACAAGAAAAGCAGAAGCAGCCGCAUCGGGGCCCCAUCCACUGGGCAGCCCGCGAAUCCUUCCCCAACCGAACUAAGGUACAGCACAGUACCUACUAGUAGCCUCAAACCAGACCAACCCAGCACCUCCACCGCACACCUAGUGCUCAAACCAAGUAUACACCCACCCAAUCACCCCCGACCCCCAUCCCCACACCCACUCAACAUCAAACUCAAUGAUCGAAGCAAUGACACAAAUGUGGCAAUUCGGCCAUACAAGCUGAGCCCCGGGCGGCGGUGCUACGGGAAAGGUGAGUGGGUACUAACUACCCCGUGAAUUGUACACAUGAAAGGAAAAACUGUUGACGGUAUGGCAUGGCAUGGCCAUUGGAUGGGAGGAUGGGCAAGUCACCCGAUUGGCGGUCGAUAAGGUACGGACGGGGGUUGCAUCAUCGUUGCGUUACGGGACCUU